AUGCAGUUCCAAGACCGCGAGCACGUCGAGCACACGCUCCUGGUCUCGCUCGUCCAGCGUCUCGACGUCCCGGACGCCGCGACGCGCCACGCGCGGGUCGCCGACCUGUACGCAGCCGUGACGUCGCUCCAUCGCCAGCUCUCGGCCGAGCGUUUCGCCAAAGCGCUCGGCCAAGUGACGCCCCAGCUGUACAAAUUACUGCAGAAAGGCGCGUCCGAGAGCGCGCAUUUGGGCGCGUUACUCGCGAUCGAGCGCCUCCUCGACGUCUCGAACGAAGACCAAUUCAUCCGCUUUGUCAACUACUUGCGCUACUUUGUCCAGCAGCCACAGACCAGCAGCACUGCGCUCUUAGCUGCAGCGUCGGCCAUGGGCCACUUGGCUGCGUCCCGUGUCAGCGGCACGCUCGUGGCCAGUUUCGUCGACUUUGAAGCCAAGCGCGCGUUUGAGUGGCUCCAGGAAGCAGCAGGUGGCGCACACGCGCAGCGCCACGAAGCGCUCGUGAGUCAACGCCGCCUUGCAGCCUGUUUUAUCCUGCGCGAACUCGCGCAAGCGGCGCCCACGCUGUUUCACGUGAACUUGACGCUGUUUUUCCAGAGCAUUUGGGGCGCCGUGCGCGACGCGCGCGUCGAGAUCCGUGACGCCGCGACAAGUGCGUUAGCGGCGUGUUUGCAGCUGAUUACGAGGCGGCAGACGCGCCAUCGCGUGCAGUGGUACUGCAAAGUGUACGACCAAGUGGUCAAGGGCUUAGCAGUGCGGCCGCGGUCGAAAGCUAGUGCGAACGCGCUCGUAGCAAGUCCCGACCAGACGGUGCUGGCCACGUGGGAGUGUGUGCACGGCUCGUUGCUCGUGAUUGGCGAGCUGCUGGCCAAUACGGGACGGUUUAUGGUCCCGCGGUUUCGAGAAGUGUGUGAUACGGUCUUGCAGUAUAAAGACGCGAAAGAGCGACUCGUGAAUCGCGCCGUGUCAAGACUGUUGCCGCAGUUGGCCGAGUUUUGUCCUGGCGCGUUUGUGCAGUAUUAUCUCGAUGUCUGCGUCGCGCAUUUGACCAAGAAGAUUCUCGAGUACUCGGCGCCAGCGGCUGAGCGGGGCGUGUCGUUUUUGGCCACGGGGCGAUUGGCGUUGGCCGUGGGUGAUGCGUUGCUCCCGCAUCUCCCGCCUCUUUUGAAACUGGUGCGGGAGUCGCUGGCACCACAUACUGGAAGCAAACGCAAGCGAGCACGGAACAAGCUGUUUUGUGUGCAGACGCUCACGUGUGUUGCCAACAUGUCGCGAGCACUGGGCUCGCGGUUUGAGCCGUUUUUGUUUCAGUAUGGAGUGCUGGAGACCAUGAUGAUUGGUGGGCUGAGCGACGAACUGAUUGACGCUUUGGCCGAGGUGGUCGCUAGUGUGCCGAGCGCGCUUCCUUACGUACAAGAACGCUUGCUGAACGAGAUUUCUGUGAUUUUGCGUGGCACACCGUUCUCGCUCGGGGGCAACGGUGCUGUUUAUGUGUCGUGUAGUAGUGGUGUAACAAGUAGUUCUCCGGAUGGAGGUGGGAGUGAGUUGACACUGGACGCUUCAUAUUACGACACUCCUAGCGAAGCUCUGCCUGUAAAACAGACGGCUGUACAAGCGCUGUUGUCUUCGAUGAAGCGAGGCUUUUCGAGUGCCGAAGAUGAUCCAACGAGUGCAAAUGGUUCAUUGAUGAUAAAGGGCGAGACGGGUGACGAGAUCGAUACGAUAUUGUUGUCUUUACGAACGCUCAGCUGUUUUGAUUUUAGUGGCAGCUUCUGCCUCCUGCCAUUCGUGCGUGAUUGCGUAGCUUUAUAUCUGAAAAACCCCGACGCGCGGAUUCGAAAACAAGCGGUAAUCACAUGCAGUAAACUACUGCUUCCAUCACCUGAUUCCCCCGAUACCGCAUUGAUGUCUUCGUGGAGACACGUCAAAAAGCGCGGGCUUAGUGGACGUGUUAUUGAUCAUGUUCUCACGCAGUUACUCCAGGUUGGUAUUUCGGAUAUGGAUGUGGCUGUACGAAGGAGCGUUGUCGAGUCAUUGGAUGCCCGUUUUGAUGAGUUACUGAGUCAAGAGACACAUUUGAAAUUGAUGUUCCUACUGCUGAAUGACGAGAACGCUAAGAUUCGCGAACGCGCGAUGCAGUUGCUGGAACGCUUAGCACCACGAAAUCCGGCCUUUACGAUGCCAUCACUACGCCGCUUGGUGAUCCAAUUAGUCACGGAACUACAGCACACUUCCGAUCUUCGAAUGCGCGAAGACAGCACACGACUUCUGGGACAUCUCGUUCGUAGCGCCCAGCAUCUGGUAGACCCGUACGUCGUACGAAUCCUAGAGGUGCUUCUGCCAAUACUCGUUCGUGGUAAUGCUUCGUUGACGGUAGCCGUGCUGAUAACUUUGGGUGAACUAGCGCUGGUCUCACGCACUCAGAUAGCCGCAUACGAACGCUACCUCUUUCCGCUUAUUAUUCACACACUACAAGACCACUCGUCGACAGAGAAGCGGCAAGUGGCAUUGCAGACAUUGGGCCAGCUUGCGGGUAGUACAGGGUGUGUCAUUCGCCCGUACUUGGCGUCACCGAAGUUGUUAGAAAUCUUUCUAAGUCUUUUGCACCACAAUGUGGGCAGUCCGUGGUCACUGAGACGCGAGGCGAUGAGAACGAUCGGUAUUCUUGGUGCUCUGGACCCGUACAAAUACAAGCUGUGCAUUUCACGAGCAUCGUUACGACAAGCUAACGAAGUUGCGUCUACGGCCGAUACGUCAACGGCUGCAGAAAGAGAUGAGAAGAAGGUUGACAGAGCCACACUUAGCGUCUCCAACUCGAUAAGCGAUACGCGAAUGUCGCAGUAUCCGACACUUAAUAUUGAUCAAAAGGCGUUGGGUGUGACAAUCGACCUCGCAAGCUUUGACCGUAAGGCAACAAGCGACGCACUGGACGAGAAGCAGCAAGCUGAGUUGCAAUUGUUCACUGCCGCACCAAUUGGUACCAGGAAAAUUGAUGCUGGCACUGCCACUGGAACGCUAGGCGUUGGUUUGCAAUCUAGUUAUCCCGCAAACGGCACCGCUGCGGCUUCCGACGGCGCCCCACUAUCAUCGCUAUCGUCAUCUUCUCGUCGGAAACGCGAAGUAGUUUCUAUUGGUAUGAGCCGAAGCGAUGACACGUUUGAUUUUGAGAGCUCGCUGGUGGAUAACGAACUGGAGCUUGAUCCGACCGAGUUAUCCCCGGCAUCAGAUGCGUACUUUCCAACAGUGGCAAUCCACGCGCUGUUGCACAUUCUACGGGAGCCGUCGCUCAAUGCUCAUCACCACGGUGUCAUUCAGGCUAUAAUGUUUAUCUUCAAGAGCCUCAGCACGCAGUGUGUGUCCUUCCUCAAGUACAUCCUACCCCCUUUUCUGCGAGUUCUGGCACGUGGAGAGCCGCGUCUGCGCGAGUCGCUUUUCUUGCAGCUGACCACGCUUAUAUCCAUCGUCAACGCACACAUGAAGCCAUUUUUUCCACCGAUAAUGGCGCUCGCGCUGCGUUUCUGGGGAUCGCAUUUGCCACAGAUUGUUCGUCUCGUGGAAGAGAUUUCGCAGGCUGCGCCGCGUGAGUUCCACACGCAGUACUUUCCGAAGGUGCUGCCAAAGCUGCUCGAAGUUUUGCAACCACAUUUUGGCUUGGGCAGUGGCGCCAGUGAUGGAAAUCUGUCUGGAGCAACUGCGGGAGGUAGUGGUGCAACCACUAUCCCUGAAAGUUUUGGAGACGGUGCAGGCGGAGCCGGAGGGGGCGGUGAUAAUCAUGCGCAAGGACGUGGUAACGUUUCGGGUGGAAAUAGUGACCAUGCGUCUAGUACUUAUGAUAUCGUUCAAAACGGCGGUGCAGAUGGAAGCGUUGUGGCAACGAUCCAGGUGCAAGUGGUCCAGUCUCUGAUUGUGUUUGGCGAUGCCGUAAGUGAUUAUGUUUACUUGCUCGUCCCUGCGCUUGUGCAUCUCAUGGAGAGCUUGGACACUCCUCUUGAAGUGAAGAUUACCACGAUAUAUGCGCUAGCGCGAAUAAGUGCGGUCGCCAGCUUUGAACAAUAUGCUGGGCCACGGUUGCUUCAGCCUCUCGCACGGGUAGCUUCGCAAAUAUCAGCCAAGGGCCCAUUCUUCUUCAGCCGUUCGAGCAGCAGUGUCAGCAGCAGUGGUGUGAGUGGUGGAAGUACUGCGUCGACUUUGUCAGGCUCUUCAUGUGGCGCGGUAGCAGCUCAAAUUGCUACCACAAAGACAGAAGCUAUACGCUUUUCUGAAGUCAUGCUGUAUGCACUAGGUGCUCUGGUGUUUCAGUUACAGGGAGAGAUUUUGAGCUACGAGCCGUUGCUGCAGCAGAUCAUCACGUCCUUGCCGUUCUCCUACCACGGCAGUCUUACUACAGCUACUAAUGCCCCAGAAAGCAGCAACUCUGCUUCACGUCCUCAAGCAAUGGUGCUACGGAUUGCUCAGGCGCUCGAGCACGUACGUUGCGGCAGACGUGUUCCACUCUCGUUUCUGGACGAUCGUGUCUUCAUGACGCCAACCCUACGCAAGUUUUCGACCGAUGUGCAAGCUCAGACAGCAGCUUCCAUGACCCCAGCGGCACCUUUGCCAACGAAUGUACGAUUGCAUGUCAACCAGCAGAAUUUGCAGCGAGCUUGGGAGGCGUCCCAGCGGAGUACGAAGGAGGACUGGCUUGAGUGGAUGCGUCGCUUUUCUAUCGAGUUACUUCGCGAGUCCCCUAGUGCUGCCUUGCGCUCAUGUUGUGCGCUAGCUCAGGCGUAUAACCCGUUGGCACUUGCGCUAUUCAACCCGGCGUUUGUUUCGUGUUGGAAUGAGCUAUACGAACAGUACCAAGAUUAUCUUGUUCGUGCACUCGAGACUGCAUUUCAGAGCGAUACGAUUCCCGCGGAGAUAUUGCAGACACUGCUUAACCUCGCGGAGUUUAUGGAACAUGAUGUGGAGGCUCUGCCCAUCGACAUCCGUGAGUUGGGCGAGCUGGCGCAGAAGUGCCACGUGUACGCCAAGGCGUUGCACUACAAGGAGCUCGAAUUUCACACAUCGCCUAGCACGUGUAUCGAGGCGCUUAUUUCGAUCAACAACCAGCUUGGCCAACCGGAAGCUGCUGUCGGAAUUUUAAAGUACGCGCAGGCGCAUCACAGUCGCGUUAUUCAGGUCAAGGAGACGUGGUUCGAAAAGCUGCAAGAUUGGCGCGCAGCCCUUGCCUUGUAUAACCGACGCCUUCAGAACGCACAGGCGCAGGGCGAGAGCGAGCAAGGACUGGAUAUCGAAGUUUGCAUAGGAAAAAUGCGGUGUUUGGAGGCAUUAGGGGAGUGGGAGGAGUUAAGUGCGCUAGCUGCUCAGGUGUGGAGUUUCUUGCGCUCGCCCGAACGGACCUCUACUAAAACGAUAGCCGUGCCUUCCCGUGGUCGUCUACUGUCUGCUGGUCUGGCGCCUACGAGUUCAUCUGGCAUUGGUUCUGGCACUAGCGAUCCCGCUCUUAUGCGCAGAAGCAGCAGCAGCAGCCUCGGGUCGUCCACGAAUUUGGCAGCGGUGGGGGGUCCUCCAUCAUCGUCUUCUUAUCAAUCAGGUGACGAUCACUGCGAUGAGGAUACUGCGCUGAAACGGGUGGCGAUGCUUGGCGCUCGGGCAAGUUGGUGCUUAUCGCAAUGGGAUAACAUGACGCAGUAUGUGACCGAGUGUGCAGCACAAAAUGACUCGAAUAGUGCAGUCAUUUUCAAAACAGCCAAUGGCACCGUCCACGGCAAUGGCUAUGGACACACUCACGGAUAUGGGAUUUUCGGUGCUGAUGAGGAUGUUACUGAACUUUCAUUAUACCAGUCGAUUCUGGCGGUGCACCAAGGUAAUUUUGCACGAGCUGAAGUACUGAUUGACGCGACGCGGAAAACUCUUGACACCAAACUUGGCGCACUCGUUGGCAAAUCAUACAGUCGUGCAUAUCGCAGUAUGGUGACUUUGCAGCAGCUCAGUGAGUUGGAGGAAAUUGUAAUGUACAAGAAGCUGCGAGCCCAGAUUUCGAAGGGCGAAGAAGCUGCACGCUACAAAAGACAUUUGAUGUGUAUGUGGCGCGAUCGCCUUUCAGGCUGCAAACGUGUUGUGGAGGUGUGGCAGCAGUUGAUUGCUGUCCGUGCUUUGAUCGUAGCACCGCAUGAAGAUAUCGAUACGUAUCUGCAAUUUGCUAGUCUUUGCCGUCAGUCCGGAAAUCUUUCGUUGUCUUUGAAAGUAUUUACAAACGCACUGCAUGUCUAUGGUGGUGCUGGGUCCAGCAGUACCGGAAUAUCGGAGAUGUUAAGGAUGGCACCGCCAAGCUCAGGAUCUGUUUCUUCUUUCGGCUUUGGUGAGAAAGACCGAAACCGGGUCGCAUUCGCGUACCUAAAGCACUUGUGGGCUGCGGGGCAGAAGCAAGAAGCACUAUCAGACUUGCACCAUUUGGUCAUCCGCAUUUCGGCCACGGCGCGACAGCGUUCCCAGGCUACGAGUGGGUUAAGUGGUAUGCCUGCUACUGCACCAGCCAUGCUGCCGCUGAAAAAUGAAGAAGAGGAGCUUCUUGUUAAGUGCCACUUAAAAAUGGCCGAGUGGCAGCUUGCCAUCCACGACCAGCAGAUCGAGCAUGUACCCGUGGAAAGUGUGUUGUCUUCAUUGCGGUUGUGCACAGAGCUCGAUCCGCGCAAUUACAAAGCGUGGCAUGCGUGGGCAUUGAUGAACUUCCAGGUGGUAGAGCACUCGACGCAUAGCCAGCAUAUUUCAGCUAACGCGACGGCGUCGGCGGUCACGGCAUCGGCAUCGGUAGCACCGUACAUUGCUCCAGCGAUUGAAGGCUUUUUCCGGUCGGUUGCGCUAGGUCGUAGUCGUUGGGCUGCUAACGUGCAGCAAGAUAUUUUGCGUGUGCUCACGCUCUGGUUUGCGCACGGCCAUCGCACUGAUGUUCACGGUGCCUUGGAGAAAGGCUUCCGAUCGGUAAGCAUCGAAACGUGGCUGAUUGUGAUCCCGCAGCUGAUCGCGCGUAUCCACACCCCGUCCCCCCGUAUCCAAAACCAGCUGUAUCGUCUGCUAGUGGCAGUAGGCAAGCAGCAUCCGCAUGCGCUGAUCUAUCCCUUGUCUGUGGCGCUGAAGUCGUCGGUAUGCGAGCGCCAGCAAGCUGCCGAAGCCAUCAUGGGCACGAUGCGUACGAACUACGUAGAGCUCGUCGAUGAAGCAUUGCUUGUGAGUCGUGAACUUAUUCGCGUCGCUAUUUUGUGGCACGAAAUGUGGCAUGAGGGUCUGGAGGAGGCAUCGCGAUUAUACUUCGGUGAGCACAAUGUGGACGGCAUGGCCGAAGUGCUGCGGCCACUACACGCCAUGAUGGAGCGGGGUCCGGAGACUCUCCGCGAGGUUAGUUUUCAUGGAGCGUUUGGCCGAGAUUUGCGCGAAGCCAACGAAUGGCUGCAACGCUUCUUGAGCAACCGACGCAACGAAUCGGACUUGAACCGCGCGUGGGAUCUGUACUACCACGUCUUUCGUCGCAUUAACAAGCAGCUGCCACAGAUCACGACUUUGGAACUGCAGGUGGUUUCACCAAAUUUGCUGUCUGCAAGGAAUCUACAGCUAGCCGUACCAGGUACAUACCGUGCUGGCCACUCGAUCGUGAAGAUCGGUAGCUUCUUGCCAACGGUGGCAGUGAUCACGAGUAAACAGCGACCUCGCCGUAUUACGAUUGUUGGCUCCAAUGGCUUGGAGUACAUGUUCUUGCUGAAGGGCCACGAGGAUUUACGCCAAGAUGAACGCGUGACACAACUUUUCGGUUUGGUGAAUGCGUUGCUGGUGAACGACCGAAACACGUCGAAGAAAGACCUGAAGAUCCACCGUUACCCCGUCAUUCCGUUAUCUGACAAUGCUGGUAUUGUAGGCUGGGUGCCACACUGCGACACACUUCACCAAUUGAUCCGUGACUAUCGUGAAGCCCGCAAAAUCCUGCUGAACAUUGAGCAUCGAUUGAUGCUGCAAAUGGCACCAGACUACGAUGCUUUGACGCUGCUCGAAAAGGUGGAAGUGUUCCAGUAUGCGCUGGAGAACACGGCCGGUCAGGACCUGUACAAAGUGCUGUGGCUAAAAUCGGAGAACUCGGAAGUAUGGCUGGAUCGGCGCACUAAUUACACGCGGUCUCUUGCCGUCAUGUCGAUGGUGGGUUACAUUCUUGGACUCGGCGAUCGCCACCCAAGCAAUCUAAUGUUGCAUCGCUUUACGGGAACAAUUGUCCACAUUGACUUUGGCGAUUGCUUCGAGGUCGCGAUGGACCGUGAGAAGUAUCCUGAAAAGAUCCCGUUCCGUCUGACGCGAAUGCUGACGAACGCAAUGGAGGUGAGUGGAAUCGAAGGCAACUUCCGUUUCUCUUGCGAAAGCGUGAUGGCGGUACUGCGCGAGAACCGUCAUAGUCUGAUGGCUAUGCUUGAAGCUUUUGUGCACGAUCCACUAAUCAACUGGCGUCUACUUUCGGCAUCAAAUAUGCUGUCAUCGAGCCACGUAAGCAGCUCUGUCGCGUCCAGCGUUGUGUCGUCAUCGAUCAUGUCGAGCAUGAGCAGCGAAAGCGACGGCGGCAUGUACGAACCAUUAGAAGCCUCUUCUAAUGACACAUCCGACGUUUCAUCGCAUGAUGCAACAGAAAUGUCGUCGUCCCAUCUCAGUGAAGAAAAAGCUCGCCACCGACGAAGCGAAAGCAUUUCGAUCCCUGACCCGACACCCGCAUCGAUGGCCGCGCUGCUUGACGAGGGAAAUGAGCCUCGAUUAACUUCUUCCAGUCGGGUGCAAUAUACUCAAAAGGUGUCUGCGCGUGGGCCAAAUGAAAUGCAAGGCACAAACAAAUUGAGUACAGAAGCGAAGGACGACACGGUCGCUGUAAAGGAAGAAGACGCAGACGAUAGUGGUGUUGAACCGAGUGAUGACACUAGUGAUCCAGCUCCUCAGCAGCAGCCUCUUCCACGAGGCAAGCCUCCGGUACCCCACCGGGGCGGCGCCAAUUCGAUCGAUCCGCGUCAGCUCUCACCACGGUCAGAAGCGAAAGAAGUGGAGGCUGUUGCGCCUCCGCUGCCAUCAUCGCUGUCGUCGCGACCAAUGAGUUUGAGCAAGUCCAUCCCGCUUCCAGUGCGCAAGCUCCCACCUCGUGUACCUCGUGUGCCAGCAACGAAUCGUGUGCGCGAGGACGCUAUCGACGAAAAUGAGGAGUUCAAUGUCGUCGAAAAGAUCGACUACUCGAAAACGAAUCUGAACGAAGAGAUCUCAUCUCUUGCAGCCAGCGUCUCCAGUGUCGGCCACUCCAGCCUAAGCCGAAGCUUCUCCGUCACGCAGGCUCAAAUCCGAGCGCAAUCCCGUGCAACGGAGCAGCAGGCACGACAGCAGCAGCAGUGGCAACAGCAAGAGAACCACGAAGCAGCCCGACUCGACACUGAACGCCAGUCUGUUGCGCCCAGUACCCCAGCAGGUCCGCCACCACGGAUAGUCCCGGCCGCGUCAACUUCGUUCGUGUCAGUGACGGCAGCCGCACAAAUCCCUCCGGCUUCAGAUGCCGUGCCACCGUCGAUGAUGAACGAGUUGCACGCCAGCCGCAGCAUCCGCGAGCGCGAGCUGCUGAGUGCUCUAGGACCUGAGGGCAUUGCGGCACCUCGCGUCGCGUUGAACGAGAAAGCAGUCGCAGUCAUCCGUCGCGUGCAGGCGAAACUUUCGGGCCGUGACUUUGAAGGCGACGGCGGCGAGCCACUGGACGUGAGUGCGCAGGUGCAGCGUCUCAUCUCACAGGCCACGUCGCAUGAAAAUCUAUGCCAAUGCUACAUCGGGUGGUGUCCCUUUUGGUAA